UUAAUGUAAGGAUACAUGCCCCAGGUGUUCCUUUGAAAGUAUUGGGAUGAUGGGGGUAAGCACCACUGGUGGUAUUUUCCGUGAAACAAUCCCAGAACCAGUCUAUGGCUUGGUCAAUGGUAUGGUGAUGGAUCAUCACCACGCCCGUAAGAAGAGGGAAUCAGAGGAAUUCGGUGAAACGACCCUGACAGGGACCUUUCCUUUGGUGAUAGGCAGCUGGAAAUUGGAUUAGCUGGAUGUAGAAAUUUCCAUAACUCCAGAAUCUGAAGCAUUUGAUAGUUAACUGUAAAUAAUAUUGCUAAAAAGCUUUUAAAGAAUAGUAUUCUAGUUUUAUUAUUUAUCGAAGCUGUUAUUUUUAUUUUAAAAUUCUAAUUUGCUAUGUCUUCCACUUGUUUGGAUUACAGCGAUUGCUUGCUCAUUUUCAAAGCUUUUCACCUGAAGGAAAAUGGCGCUGAAGGAUGUCAGUGUGGGCUUGAAAGAGAGGAUAUUGCUUUUUUGGAAGAACGUGAAGAAGUAGCUGUUACGGAAAACAGAAAUGCAAGAGGUAGAUCUCCGAAAAGAUUUCUGAACGAUACUUUUGAAAUAGAAUCCAUUAUGGCACCAGCUAGUGAUGAUGACAUUUGGGCAGCUGAGAAGUUGAAAAAGAUAUUUUGUUCUAUGCCGCCAUUUAGGGCGUUGGUGUGGUGCGGUAGGUUUUUGAUAAAAUUCCACGAGAAAAACCAGUGCAGUCAGUAUUUAACUUCUGCUGUAAAGUUUUACUUAAAAUCUCUAGGUAUCGGGAUAUAUGAUUUACAUUACACUAAUCACCGGAUCGAUAAGAAGAUUUUAGAACUUUUAAGGCUUUCCUCUAAACAUCGCAUUCACCAUAGCGUGUUCAUAGAAUUUUUAAGAUUGAUUUUUAAUGAUGACUUCUAUGGCUACUAUAGCUACCUUGAUGACCAUUCAAUGCUAGAGGAUAUAUUAAAAGCUGCGCAUGAAUCUAAAAUAGAUGUUUUGAAUGUAUGGAAAGAAGUUGACACAAUGUCCUACAGUUCAUUCAAUUAUUUUAUAUGUCUUACCGUGGAAAAUUUUAUUCCAAUGAUUAGGUAUGGAAAAACAGAAAGCUUAUCGUUUUCAACUCACAAUUUUUACUGUUCGUACAAAGCUGCAUAUGAAUUUUUCAGAGAAGUAGCAAUUGCUAGUAUUUUUGUCACGAGUAAAACCAGUUUCCGCUCCCUUCAAAUUACGUAUUUGUUUCUUUAUGGGGAAAGAAUAAUGAUGCCUUCAAUAACAGCGGCCUACAUUCUCAAGCUAUUGUGGAACAGUAUAACAGAUCCAUUCUUGCGUGAGGGGGACUUCAAAAAGAGUGGCCUAGUCAUUUUACCAACCGGUGCACAUGAUGUCAAUACACUACAUAAAGCCUGGACUUGGUAUGAGGAUCAUGUACUUGAGAAUGUAAAUUCACCCAGAAGACCAAGAUCUCUUGGUCAUCUUUCAAGGUGUUCUGUUCGUCGACAACUAGCGGCAUGCCUUCAACUUCCGUGUGGCGUCGAACAACUUGAUGUCCCGAAGAUCCUUAAAAGUUAUAUUCUACUGGAAGAUUCCGAAGUUAUACUAUAA